AUUAGAUAUCUAUUUUCAUGAAAAUGUCUCAACUAACCAAAACAGCCGAGUGUCUGCUCGUUAUUUUUAUGGUAGGAAUAGCGGCAGGACAAUAUGGAUACCCAAGCUAUCAAAAAAAUACAGGAAUAUUUCCAAAAGACUUUUUAUUUGGGGUAGCAACAUCGGCAUAUCAAAUAGAAGGAGCAUGGAAUGAAGAUGGAAAAGGUCCUAGUAUCUGGGAUGAUUUUACACACAAAAGGCCGGCGUCAAUAUUAGAUGGCAGCAAUGCAGAUGUUGCUUGCGACUCCUAUCACAGAUAUAAGGAAGAUGUUUUCUUAGCUUAUAAUCUUGGCGUGAAAAUGUACAGAUUUUCCUUUUCUUGGUCAAGAAUUUUCCCAACUGGUUACAACAACAAAAUUAACUACAAAGGAGUACAAUACUAUAAAAAUCUCCUAAAAGAAAUUCUAAAAUAUGGCAUGAUUCCUGUAGGAACGAUCUACCACUGGGAUCUUCCACAAAACUUAAUGAAUGACGGUAUUCAUUGGACCAACCCGGAAAUUAUACGCGUUAUGUUGGAUUAUUCCAGAUUUCUUUUUAAAACAUAUCCAGAAGUUGGAAUUUGGAUAACAAUUAACGAACCGCAUUGGCUCUGUCGACUGGGUUACAGUCUUGGUACCGGCGCACCUGGUAUUGUCAGCAAUGGUAGAGAAGAAUACAAAUGCACUUAUCUAGCUGUUAAAACUCAUGCUGCAAUAUAUCGAAUGUACAAAAAAGAGUUUCCACAUUAUAGAGCAAAAAUGGCUCCCAGUGUAGACUGUUUAUGGAUUGAACCCUUAGAUAACUCACCUGAAAAUAUAGCAGCUGCUGAACGACAAAUGCAAUUUGAAUGCGGCUUAUACUUUAAUCCUAUCUACGUAGGAGAUUGGCCGAAAGUGGUAAAAGACAGAAUUUACUAUAGAAGUAUGGCAGAAGGCUUCAAAACAUCUCGUCUUCCUUCAUUUACUCCUGAAGAAAUUAAGUUCAUAAGAGGCACUGCUGACUUUAUUGCAUUAAAUCAUUAUUUUACAACUCUAGCUUCAGACACGAUGGAAGCUCCUUUCUAUGAAACUAGUUACGAAAAUGAUAAGGGGGUUAAUAUUUCGCUUCAUCCUUCUUGGGUCGUACAAGAUAAUGGCAGAAACACAAUUGUUCCAUUUGGCGUCAGAAAAGUUUUAAAUUGGGUUAAGCAACGUUAUGGAAACUAUGAAAUUAUAUUGACAGAAAUUGGAAUGACCGAAAAUGGUACCUCUAUUGACGAUGAUAUUAGAAUAUCAUAUUUUACGGACUACUUCUGCAAUAUACUGGAUGCAAAAUACGAAGAUAAAGUCAAUGUAAAAGGAAUCAUAGCUUGGAGUCUGAUGGAUAAUUUUGAAUGGAUGUCUGGAUACACGUCUCAUUUUGGAUUGUACUACGUCAAUUCCAAGGAUCCUCAGAAAAGAAGAGUACCAAAGAAGUCUGUAAAAUUUUUUCAACAACUAACCCAAACAGGAAAAUUGAAAUGUGAUAAACCAAGUAGAAACUGGGCAGGUCCAGUACAAUUUAAUAUGAACGGCAAACCUAUUUUUCCGGGACAUAAUCAUGAUUAUCAUCAUCAUCAUCAUCAUCAUCCUUAUAACAGAUACUAAAUUCGGGCCGCAGAAAAAAAAGAUGUGCAAUAAUAAUAUAAAGGGCUUG